GCCUUGUGGGAGCGCGGGCGCCUUUCCCGCCGCCGCCCCGCGCUGAGGGCGGCGAGCGCCGCCGCCAUGUCCCAGGCGGACCCCGAGCUGCUGCUGCGGGAGCUGGGCGGCUGGGACUGGGAGCUCUGCCGCCGGGAGCUGCCCGCCGUGCUGCCCCGCCUCCUGUCAAUGUAUGAAGAGUCUGAGGACUGGACUGAGCAUAUUCGUAUUCUGAGGAUCCUGACUGAAAUGUUUUUGCCACAUAUCAGCCUUGAAGAUGUGGAAGAAAUUUUUUUCUCAAAGGUAUUACCUAAGACUCUGCAGUUCUUUGACAGCUUGAUGUGUGAAUUAUCCAGCAAGGCCAAAGGACUGACCAGCCAGAGUACAGAGUCAUGCAGCACUGUGAGGAAUCUGCUACAGGCGCUGGUGCAGCUGCUGGAGACGCUGACGGGCUGCGUGCGCUGCGUGUGCUCGGCGCAGGAGCUGUCCCUGCGCAGCGUCCGCUCCCUGCCUGCCUCCGUCCUCUGCGUGCUGAAGGGCACCUUCACACACUGCAAGGACAGUGAAUCAGUGUACUAUGGGCACCUGCACUUAAUUUCUGACCUCCUACAAUCCAUGUUCAAGGAAACUUACUCCCUUCAGAAACAGCUGAUGGAACUGGUUGAUCUGAUUUCCAUGGGCUCUGCUUCCACUGAAGAUGACAUCACAUAUAUGGUGUCAGUAAUCCACAGUGUGCUGGAGAUCUGCUCUGUCAUUUCCAAUAUGGACCAUGCUCUUCAUGCCAACACGUGGAAGUUCAUAAUCAAGCAAAGCCUGAAGCAUCACUCCCUGCUGCAGUGCCACCUGAAGCACAGUGACAUCCUCAAUGGCCUGUGCAAGGACAUUCUUCUUUCUUUUGACUCCUGUUUGCAGCUGGCUGAGCAAAUGAAGGUGUCAGAGAUACAGGAGGGCACUGACUUCAGGCUGUUCCAGAAGACAGUGAAACUGUGCAGGUUCUUUGCUAACUCCCUUGUACACUACACCAAGGAAUUUCGUGCCUGCCUCUCUGAUUCCUGUUCUCAGUUGCAUCAGCUCUUUCUUCAGAUAUACAGCAAAUUUCCUCCCAGUCUUUAUGCUCCAGAGAUCUUGGAAGCUCAUCAAGAUGAAAUAUCCCAGGUUUUUCUUGUGGCUCUGGACCCUCUCAUCACCCAGCUCCUUCCCUUUAGCCCUUUCAUGGAACAAGUGUUAAGUGAAAAUUUAGAUCUCCCUCCUGAGCAGCAGCUGCCCCAGUGUCUCCUCCUGCUUACCAUAAUGGACAAGCUGUCCUCUCAGCCAGAAGAAGUGCAAACUCUCUGGAACACAGGAAAAAGCCUGUCUUUGUUUUCAGCUCUCUUCCUCAGUUUCCAGCAAUGUUGUGGGGAGCUUUCCCUCCCUGUCUGUGUGCCAGAGGUGGUCAGUACAGGACAGCCAGCAGUUCCCAUCACCCUCUAUCACUAUGUCUGUGUCCACCUGUGCUCCUUCAUUGCUUCCACACUCCCAUCACACUUCCCUCAGCUGGAGCGUGCCCUGCUGGAAGCUGUGCUGGGUCCCAGUAUGAUCACAUCCCUGCUAGCAAUGGACUCCUGGUGCUUCCUUGCCCGGUAUGGAACAGCUGAGCUGUGUGCUCACCACGUUAAUGUGAUUGCCCACUUGGUAAAGGCUUGGCCCAGUGACUGCUGCCAGCUCCCUGCCCUGGCUGUGCUGCUGAGGCGGAUGCUGUUCCUCAUGGCUCCAGAGCAUCAGGUAGAAUUUGCUCGUGAAUUUCCUCCUGAAGAGGUGGAGAGCUUGGCUGUGUGGCAGCACGUGUCCCUCAGAGCCCUGAAUCCCGACCUUAGGGCACGAGUGGCGUCUCAGCUGUGCAGGGCAGGGCUGGCGCGCUGCCGGCAGUGGCUGAACAGCGGCCGCGCCUUGGGAGGGCUCCCUCCUGUGAACACUGCCCUUUCUGUCCUGCUGGCUGCCUGCAGUUCUGCUGAUGCCACUCUGGAGGCAGAACUUAGGACAUCUGUCUUGGGAGUGCUCAGUCAGUUCUGGUCUUUUCUCCAGGCUAAGCAGGUCUCAGAUGAGCCAUGUCUCCAGAAGACACUGUGUUUAUUGCUUCACCUUUUGGAAUUUUUCAUCCAAGCAUUAGAUGCUCAACUGAUGACCCAGGUGUUUGCACUGCAGUCAUCCCUGCUCCAGCUGCAUCCCCCAGAUCAUGUCCGGCUAGCAGUGGUGGAUUUCCUGUCUUCCAUGGGAAAGGUGUUUAUUCCACAAGAAGCACAGAGGCAGGUUGUGCCCCAGCUGUCCUCUCUGUUUGCCUCUCUGCUGGCUGACCAGACCUGGCUGAUUCACCAGCACGCACUGGAGGCAUUCACACAUUUUGCAGAGGAAACAAGACAUGAAGAUGUUGUUCCUUGGUGCCUUAAUUCUGAAGAAGCUAAGAACCAAGUUGUUAAUUUUCUGGCUAAGACAAGGCAGGUGGAAGAGACAAGAGAAGCACGGACAGAACGCCUGAAGCAAGAAAGGAUUACCUGGAGUGCACAGGUUUUGAAAGGGGAUGGAGAAUUGGAGUCAACAGGAGAGCCUGUAGCCAAAAGAGCCUGUCACCCGCCCUCUGAGGAGCAGUACAAGGCAGCAGUGGGCACCAUGGAGGGAGCAGUGGAGGCUGUGAAGCUGCUGCUCCAGAAAGGGGCCCCUCCAGGCUGGCUUGCAGUGAAGCUGGAGGCUCUGCACGCAGCUAUAGCCACCCUCAGGGACAGCCUGAGAGAGAAGCCUCUGCUCCUGCCUGAGGACAGCACAAACCAGGAGCCAGAACCACAUCCUGAAACACCCAGAUCAGGGGCUGGCACAAGCACAUCCAGCUGGCACAGGGAGCUGCUGGGGCAUCAAACUGCCUCAGAGCUGCUGGCAUCUCCUGUGAAGAGCUACAGUCAAACCUGCAGCAGAGAGUUCUCCUCUCACUCCACACUCUGGACCAUUGCAAGGAUUUUCCUGCUGCUUUGGAAAAGGCUGUUCUACCUACCACAAAAGGGAAGUUUCCCUUGCACAAAGGGAAUCCCCCUUUGAAACCACUUCCAUCUAAUGAGGCCAACAGAUUGGGUUUAUCAGGGUUUAAUUUUGUGUAACUGCUUUUGUCUGUCAGAUUUUAAUUUUUAAAAUAUUAAAUAUCAGUUACUGCUGUCUCUCUAUGUUUGGAGGAGACCAAGAGAAGGGUGCACAUGCUGGGAAGGCCCCUCUGCCUGUUGGAAGGGCAGCACUCCCCUCUCUUUAAGCAAAGUCUUCAUCCCCUCCCUCAGAAAACACUGCUGACACAGAGAUAGUGAGAAACACUCUGAAUGUUCCUGCUAAGGAUCCCCAUUCUCCUCUUACUUCUCCACUUAAACCUCAAACUAAUUAAAAAUAACUGAUGUAUAAAAUAGGCAGGAAAACAGCUCUGGUGAGAACACCAAGGCUCUUUUAUAUGGAAAAAUUAAAAAUCAGCUUCUCCCCUUUUCAGGCGUAGAUAAUGCCAUGAUUACACAGAAAAUUCCCUCACAGAAAUAUUCUUGGGGACCACAGCAGUGGGAUUUACUGCAAGAUGUUCCACUACUGCAGCUGAGACAUCCAUUACAGCAACAGCUUUAUCUUGGCACCACAUGAUUAAUUCACCCAGCAAGUCUUACUGCAAACUCUCAGUGGCUGCUGCAUCCCUCUGGAGGCUGGGGAGCAUCAGGAAGAUGCAGAGCCCAGCAGGGACUGCUCCUCCCAAACACCAAACCAGUCACAAGGAACUGGGAAGCAAGAGGUGCAGAGUUUCCUCUUUGACAGGGCUCUUACUUUGGCUGGAGUACACAAAAUGUCACAGAGUGAACAAUGUUGUGCCAAAGCCACCAAAUCUGCCACCUGGGGAAGCACCUCUGGCCAGGAGCCUUCCCAGGUCACCCACAAUCCAUUUGCAGAAGUGUGCUGAAACAAGAAGCUUCCACAUU